AUGUAUCAUAGUAAAAACCUUCAUUUUUGGGGUGAAAAACUUGGUCGUUUGAUUUUCGAUAAAAACCAUGAGAGGUACCUCAUAGGAACCAUCCCAGCUGACAUUCGACGCGCUUGCAAGAAAAUCCUGAGGCAAAUCAACGAGAACAAAGGUGGCACCAAUCGCACAACCGACAUCUCCUUUAAACCGUUCAUUGACUCCUAUGACUUCAACAGCCAGCAAGGACUCACUCGACAAAUUUCAACCAGAGCAUUCCGCACAGCAUGCAUCGAGGCUCAUAUCUCCAGCAUCGCCAGGUCCGACUGGAAUUUCUUCUGGUCUCUGUCCCUGAACCUUGUCCACCGUAAUGUCAUCUAUCGCUUCCUCACCCACACCAUCCCGACCAAACGCCUGCUACACUACUUUGAGAUAGCCGAGUCACCUCUCUGCCCAAUCUGUGGUAACGAAGAAAAUGCUGUACACUUGUUUUUCCUCUGUUCCAGUAAGGCAUCCAUCUGGAAAGCUAUCAUCUUUGAAUUUUUGUGGCCAACCGUUUCGAUUGGUGAUAUUAUCCAAGCCUGUUCCUCGCUUGACUUUGAAAACAUCAAGUAUGUCUCCAAAUCAUACACCACUGCUCACAUGGCCGUACUGGUAACACUUGGCAACAUUUGGCGAGCUCAAGUUCGUAUGAUCUUUCACUCGACUCCAUUUAUAUGGAUCGAUGUGGUCCAGCAGAUCAAGAACGAGCUCCUUCAACUACAUGCCCAAACUGAAAUUCACAAGCAAUUGUAA